AUUGCAGCCAAUGUACAUACACAUAUGUAUAAUUUAUUCUUCGUCUAUGUUUAAUAUAACUUUUUUAAAUUAAAUAUAAUAAUUAUUCUAUUUUGAAAAACUUAUUAAAUCGUGAAAUAUGUCAAUGAAAGAACUGGCUAAGCGUUUAUAUUAUAUACCAAGACCAACUCGAUGGUCAAAAGGAAUUGGUGCAGAAUUACCACAAGAAUAUAAAAAGUUUUGGAGAGAAUGGAAAAUACAAAUACCGACUGCUGUGCAUUAUAUAAAACAAGAGGGCAAAUAUGUAAGAAAUGAAGAAACAGAAGAAGUAUAUCCUGUCCAAAAUGUACCAUUACCAUUAUUAUAUCCUAAAGAAUUUCAUCAAGGUAUAUGGGGUGGUGAAGCUGUAAUACAAGGUUUUACAAAAAAAAAUAAAUAUGCUCGUAGACACCCUCAUUUUUGGUUUCCUACACUUAAGAAAUCUGUGGUUUAUAGUGAAGUAUUAGACACAUAUUUGAGUGUUGUUAUCACCAAUAGAACUAUUGAUUUAAUUAAUGAACAUUAUGGUUUUGAUCAUUAUUUAUUAAAGACUCCUGCUUGUGAUUUAAAAUCUGAACUAGCACUAAAAAUAAAACGUCAAAUACUUUUGUCAUUGGCUGACAAAACUUUAUAUCCAAAUGAUAUUGUUAAAAGAGAGGAAAUUUAUACUAAAUAUAAAGAAUAUUUAACACCAUAUACACGAGAAGAAAUUGAAUGGUAUGGUUUAACAUUUAAGGAAGCUUGUAAAAAAUGGAUAAAACAGAAAGAACAAGUAAAGAAAGUACAACCUUUAAAAGUUCAAUUUAGAUCUGAAUUAAUUGCUAAACUUAAAGAAAAAGAAGUUGAAAAAGCAAAAAAAACUUUAGAAGAGUCUUCAACAUGGAAAAUAAACUGGAAUCCUUUUACAAAUCCAAAAUCGGAAUAAUAUAUUACAAUUAUUUAUUACAUUGUAUAAUAUAAUUAAAUAAAAUGAGAGAAUUUAAUUAUA